AUGAAACAUUUAAAAUUCAUUUCGAGGACUGUGUUGGUGCGGAAUGAAAAUGUGGACGAAGCCUGCCGUGUUCUAAACCGUAUAAUGGGUUCUGAAGGUUUCUUGGAUCAGUAUAGAAGAACAAUGUUCUAUGAAAAACCAACGCAAAUGAGAAGGAGAAUUAAUUACGAGAAAUGUAAAGCCAUAUACGAUGAAGACAUGAAACGCAAGAUUAAUUUUGUUCUACGCAAAAACCGACCAGAACCAUUUCCUGGAUGUUAUUAA